UAAGUAUAAAAGGUACAAUAAUCCUAUCAAAAUUAUCUUCUUUACGUAUAAAUAAAAUGCCACGGAAGAGAAGGAAGAAUAUUUCUGUCAUCAAACAGAAAAAAGCUAUUGAGACGAGACUAAUUCAAAUAAGUCUCAUUAUGGACGACUAUGUAUAUCAACAAAGAGAAAUAUCUCAGUGCGACGCUACAUCGUAUAUUGAGGAAAUUUCUUUACUUAAAAGCAAGUGCAAUAACGACUCUAGAACUCUACAGGUUAUUGAAAAAUUAACACGAUGUAUGAAAGCUAUCAUAAAUGAACAUAGAAAAAGAACAGAAAAUGACUAUGAUUUAAACAAUGAACAAAUUACAUCCAAAGCGGACUCUGAAUCUACGGUAGCGUCUCAAAUAAACUUUGAUAAAAAUAACUUUACCCAAUCAAUACCUGAAGAAAUUAACACAGUUCCAAGAGAAAUAAAUCAUUGCAAUGACAUUAUUGAUUUAUGCGAAGAAAUUAAUCAUAAAGAUUCCCAAGAUACGAAUAGCAUAAUCAAUAAUAAUGAUGGAAACAAAUAUAUCUCAGAAUUGUUUAUAGUACAUUCUAAAGAUAAAGACAAUUUUUCUGCAUCAUCUCAUAUAGAUGAUUCUAGAAGUAUGUUAGAUAAUUAUCAAGACGUAUUAAGUCAAGAUUUAUUUACCAUGCACACACAAGAUGAAGAUCAAAAUAUUGAUACGGAUAAUUCUCAAAAUACAUCGAAUAAAGAAUUAAUCAAUGAAAAACAACCUUUAGAGAAUUCUUACCCAAACAUAUCCAAUUAUACAGAAAUGAAUUGUUCUCAAAAUAUACUUUCCGACCACGAUUUUGCUGACAAUGACCUGUUGAAUAUGCGAUCGCAGAUAGAAAACACACCGACUUCCCAAAAUAUAAUAAAUCCGUGUAAAAGUUCUGAAAACCAUGUCAAAAUAUUUCCUAAAGUUGGAGUUAAUUUAGCAAAUACAGAUAAACUCGUAGAAAAAGACCAUCUGGGAUUAGUUAACGUCACAACGAACAAAAUAUCCGAUCGUAAUUUAGAUAAGUUUGAUAUUCCAGUUAACUCUGUUUUGAAACCCGCUGCCAAUAUUACUGAUACUCGUAAUAGAGAAGUUACGAAGGCCAAAAAGGCUCCUCGGAAGAGAAAAGUAAGUACAAAAUCUCAAGUAAAUGACAUAACCAAAGAGGUCAAAUGUAAACCUAGGAAGAAAAAAGAUAUAAAACCAAGGAAAAAUAAUAAUAAGGAUGAUAACUCAAUUUAUGAAAAUUCUGUAGAUUUGUCGUGGGUAGAAAACAUCAAGUAUGUAAGAGAAAUAUCCAAAGCAGAAAAUCAUACUAGAACAAAAGAUUUGAGUCAUAGUUUUUGGGAAAAUUAUUCAUUACCUAAUGAUUGGGACGACGGUGAAUUUUAAUAAAAUAUAAAUUUCAGUCUUAUAAAAAUUUCGCAAAGCUAUGCUUAGUUAAAACACAAUUUUACUCGAUUAACUGUAAGUCAAAACCCUCCAUCUUGCCUCUUAAUAAGGUUUAAACUAAGAACCGGUGAUGUUUUUGACAGCUAUUUAAGCAAUUCUUAACCACCUUUUAACGCUAACACAAGAUUAUAAGUAAGACUGAAUAUUGGCAAUUAAUGUAUCGUAAGAAAGACGCCUAAAGAGAAGAUAUUACAAAUGUUUGAUUUAAAAAUAUAGUUAA